UCGGCAUGUUUACUAAACAAUUUAAUCAAGUAUUACAUAAAUAAUAACCUCAAAAAUAUCAAGUACCUAGUGUAAAAAUGAGAAAGUAAAUGUGUUUAUUACAUUUCAAUAAGGUUUAGUUUCGCCUGGACCCUGUAAAUUGUUUUAAAGUAUACCUUUUCGGGUUUCUGCUAUGGAUAGCUGUAAUAUGAUCAGGUAUAAUAUGGGUUUCAACUUAGGCCAGCAGUAGGUAAUGCGAUGUCUAAGAAUUCAAGUUAUAAAGUGUUAUUGAGUGGCAGAGAUGGACGCACGGAAUCGCUCCCGCCGCGAGAAGUGCUGUUGUAUGCGAGUAGAGAAGACAUGCUACAUUUUUGCCAUAAUUCAUGUAAUCAUCGUCUGCCUCUCUGUCCUGGCCUGUCUCUCCACAGAGGCGUUGAUCGUGACCAGAGUGGCGAUCAGCUUCAUCCAGAACAACUUCUCCCAAUUCUUGCCCACCUGGAUCGUUAUAUUUCCCAUUUACGCCGUUGCCUGUUUCCUGACGGUUAUUUCUGGAGUAUUUGCUGUAUUAUUGCUCCAAGGAAUUCGUUUGAAAAAGCCUAAACUGGUGUUGGCGUAUCUGUUUUUCGGCUUGAUCGUGGAGACAGUAAUGAUCUCUGCCACUAUUAUCGCCAUAGCCUUUAUCACGGUUGCAAGAAUCCCUGGACAAAAUUAUGACCUUAUAAAUGGCGGUAUAGCCCUGGCUUUUGUUAUAUGUGUGAUAUAUGGAUAUAUCCUGUGGUUGGUGCGGAAGACGUACAUUAUACUUUUAUCAAGAAACCAGAACGAUAUUUUGGAUCAACAAACUAUGCUUUAUAUUUGCAACGAAUACUUACCUACCUUAGAUAGAUAGCUAUCUUAAAAUUGUUAUUUUAUGUGCCGUAAACUCAGGUUACUUUAACCCAAUGGAGGGUAACUUUGACCCACAUGAAAUCCUCAUUUAAAAGGGUCUAAUAAAAAACAAAAAACGUCAAAGGUUAGCUAAAACCAACCUCAUGGCAUAUUUCCAUAAUUAUUU